GUCGCUGUCAUUGUUGCUGUUUGUGCAUUUAAUCGGGUUGCUACUUGGCUCGCUUUGUCACAGUUGGAUGGUGAAGGUCCCAGACACUGUGAUGGCAGUGGAUGGCAGCUGUGUAGAAGUCUCCUGUCAGACCGCUCCCCAUUACCGGGUCAUCUGGUAUGAGUACCAUAGUAUAUCCUACCCUAAGGUCUAUGACGGCAAGGACCCGGCCAGCGUGGGGACCAACUUUAAAGGGCGUACAUCAGUGGGUAAUGCCAGCGAGGGUGACUGCACACUAAGGAUGGAGCGUGUGACGUGGACAGACGAUAACCUCUGCCUUUAUGUGUGGAUCAACCCUGAAGUGGAGAAACAGAAGUUCUAUGAACAGAAAAUUCGAAUAAAAGUUACUGAAAGAAAAGCUCCUGUGCUAUCCAUUCAGAAUUCAGUGGUGGAGGGAGAUUUUUUCCAGGCCAACUGUAGCAUCAUUCAUUCCUGCCCUUCCACUCCUCCAUCCCUUCGCUUGAAACUUUUGCCUGAAAACUUUACAUCUAUGACUUCACUGAAGGAAACGGGAGGUCUGUGGAUAUCAACAAAGACAAUACAAGGAAUAGCAAAGCGCCAACUGCACAACAAAGAGAUUAAAUGCACAUCAAAGUUUUCUACGGUCUACGCUGAGAGUGAACAACUACUUUUUAACAUCUUAUAUGCACCUGAUGGUGUAACUGUGAAGGUGCAGGAACAGCCAAUCAUUCUUGGUAGUAAUGUCCACCUGGAAUGUGUAGCUGACAGCAACCCUCCGCCAAGCAGAUAUUUGUGGAUCAUACGACAGGGUGGCCAAAGCUUCCAGGAGAAUUCAACCCAAAGCAAAAUGGUCUAUAACAACAUAAGCCAAGAUACCUCAUUCUCCUGUAUUGUCCAAAACCAUAUUGGAUCAAAGCAGUCAGGCUGGCUGUUUCUGGAUAUGAACUUCCCCCCGGUCAUCCUCUCUGACUCCUCCUGCUGCUUGUGGGCCGGGGUCCUCCACUGUGUGUGUCGGGCAGAGGCCCGCCCUAAUGCCAGUCUGCACUGGAGGAUCAAUGGAAGCACCACUCUCCCAUCAUCCUUCACAUCAUCCUACAUUAUCACAGCUAGAGAAAACCUGGUGUCAGCAGAGUUCACUGGACCGGUGGAAAGAAAACUAAAUGUCUCCUGCAUAGCUACUAACUCGCUGGCCAUGGAGAACCAGCUACUGCAAGUUGACACUGGAGUUGAAUGUGGACAGUUUCUUCAAUGGAUGUUGACUGCUUUGGCUUUCGGAUGCAUAAUUCUAUUUGGAGCUGUAUCUUUUAUUUGCAGUAUAUGCUGCAGAAAGAGACAAAAGGCCAGAUGUGAUCGCCCUACUUUGGAUAUUCCAUUAAGAUCUGUUCUAGAUCCUCCUCUCCAGCCCAGCUCACAGCAAAAGGCUAAGUGGACAAAGCCUAAGGAAAAAGGAAAGACAGAAAGGCAAUCCGACAUCUACGAGAAUGACUUUCUGCCCAAGAAGCCCAGUCAAACCACAGCAAAAAACAACAAGAGUUAUCCAAAGAUUAAAUUACAAAAGGACACAGAGAUAAUGUUGUGUCCAGACAUGGAUGACAUCUACCAAAACCUUUGA